CGUACGUUAGUGAUAGCAGUGAUAGAGACGAAUGUUGCGCACAGUGGCCCAGACUGACAGCUGGAAGAACGCGAAAUAGGAGUAGAAGAUCAUGUAAGGACACUUCGGCCAGAGGAACAUAACAAUUUACGAGCAGACGAGCUGCUAAUAAUACAUUAGAAGAGUUGACAGAAUAGGCAGAAGAAAGCAGAGCAGCGGGGGAGGUGUUGGGAGAACCAGAGGCGGAAUGACACGACCUCCAAAUAAUGACAACCUUAUGACCUAUAAGUUGGUUGUGGUUGGAGAUGGAGGAGUUGGAAAGAGUGCUCUCACCAUACAGUUCUUUCAGAAGUUAUUUGUCGCUGACUAUGAUCCUACUAUUGAAGACAGUUACAUUCAACAUACAGAGGUAGACAAGCAAUGGUGCAUCUUGGAUGUGUUAGAUACAGCUGGUCAAGAAGAAUUCAGUGCCAUGCGUGAACAAUAUAUGCGCAAGGGUGAUGGGUUUUUAUUAGUAUAUUCUGUGACUGACAAACAAUCUUAUGAGAAUAUCAUGAAUUUUUAUACCCAAAUACUUAGGGUAAAAGAUAGAGAUGUAUAUCCCAUGCUGUUGGUAGCCAACAAAGUUGAUUUAGUACAUUUGAGAAAAGUCACAGAGGAACAGGGAAGGGAGUUGGCUCAUCGGUUGGGUAUACCUUAUAUUGAAACCUCUGCCAAAGAUCCGCCGUUAAAUGUAGAUGCAGCAUUCCAUGAGGUUGUUCGUAUUAUCAGAAACCAACCUCCAGCCGAGUUGGAGAAAAAUCGGAGGAAACGAAGACGUUCAACAAAAUGUAAUCUUUUAUAAAGCUCGAGAAUUUAUUGACCGAGUGUUAGGGAUCGCGUAAUCAUUACGCACUUUUUUAAAGGGUCGCUUUUGUCAUAAAAGUGAUACGCACCUGCCAACAAAAAAGUGGGUCUUUGUCCUCCAUCGCGUAUGUUUAGGUACAUAUAACUUGGAAAUUUUUCACUUUUUUUUUAUUCACUUAUGUGUUAUCUAAUAAACAAUGAAUAUCGGUCCCACUCGUGUAAAAUAAGUGUACAAAAUAGUAACGAUAAGGCAAACGAAAAGAUGACGAUGUUACGUGUAUCUCCGAAACGCAAAUCUAGAUUUUCUAAAAAAUCAGCAUCAGUUAAGACUUGGGAGAUCGAAAAUAAUUUGUCGGAGAUAAUAUUGACUGUUCAUCAUCACGAUAAUAUGAGACCACGUCUCAGUACGCGUGUACACAUCAAUUUUUUACCAUCGAUGAAACACUAUGGAAUUGAGCGUUUUUUAUUGCACAAUGCAUAAUUCUAUAGAAAUCUUUUUACUUCCUCACGUAAUAAGAUCCUGUCAUGAAAUGACUAUAAUGGUUUCUUAUACAAUUGACUCCUGUUUUAAAUAGCGUAAAAAGAAAUAGCUUCAAGCAUUUUUACUUAUUUUAUUUCAGUUCAAAUGACUUUCCCCCUUGUUUCCUAAGUCCUUCAUGUCUUUUGAAAGAACAACAAGACUAAAAUAUGCCUUUUGGUUCAACAUUUCUUUUUACAUUUUAUCUUUCCCUUAAUCUUCACGCGAAGCGUUUUUUAUUCAAGUCGUUUUUUUGUAAAUGUAAAUAUCAUUUAAGAAAAAUUAAUUCUUUGAAUAGACAACGAGUUUCUCUUUCGUCAGUAAAUACGAGUAUGUAUUAGGUAUUUGGAGCCUAAUGAGUAAUUAAUAUUCUGAAUGAAGAAUGAAGUAUUCCACAUUUGGCAGUAUUGCCUUUGCUAUUAGACUAUUGGCUUUCGUAUAUACUGAGGUCUGAUGUAAAACAUCGGUCGUGUUCGAAUUUUCCAUGAAAUAUUGUACGCAUUAAUUUUAGCCAGUGAAAGUGAUGGUCGGUCAGUCGUUUAUUAGAUAAUUUAUUUCUAAUACCGUGUAAUGCGUGCAGUGUAUUGCGUUUUAGAAAACUUUUUAUUAACGUCAUGAUAUUAUACAGUAUCUUUGUUUUCGUCGAUUAAUCUGUAGAUUCGAAAUAUUUGUAUGUGCUUUGUCGAAUGCGGUGCGUGUACUUUUGAUUAUGUCAGAUGUUUUUAUAAAUGUUAAGAAAGAUUAUGCCACGGCCUAUCUUACAAUUAGUAUUUAAACGUGACAGGAGGCGUACAAAUAAGAUGCGCUCUAAUUACGUGUGCAAACGAAACUUAAUGUUAUAUGUGGAUGCAACUAUCAACCAGUAGACUAUUUUUUGUGCUUAUACAGAGUUCAGAUGUUACAAUCUGUGGCACGCGAUAUUCUUAGUCUUAUACCUUCUACGUACUCGUACGUACGGUAUACGUAAACUUGUGUAAGAUUAUAAUCAGAGUGAGAAGAGUACGACGCGAAUAUGACGUUCUCAUUUAAUUGUUUAACUCGAUAUACGAUUAUCGAACUGUGAGUAUUCAUUUGCGCUUUCAACUUUCUUUUCAAAAGGAUUAGCGCGCAACUCGAAAAGUGCAUUUGCGACAUACAUAUAAUUGUUCGCUGCACAUACGUUAGCGAAAAAUGCGCGCGUUAUUUGUAAUGCACAAAAAAAAAACAGGCCAGAGAAGAGCACUUUAUUGUUCAAUUGAGUUAAAGUUUAUUUAAAAAUAUUUUUUAUACGAAAGCGAUAUGAAUUUUUCUAUGAUUGAAGACGGUGAACGUUAAAAGUUAACUCUUUAUUUCAGCUAUUCGAUCAGCAUAUUAGGGUAUGUUUUAGUGUACGUAUAAAGUGCUUCUCCUAUGCGUAGGAACGGUGCGAAACUGAAUAGUGAUCAGUAAUUAUGUAUGUAUCAUGAUACGUACGUGAGUGUACGUAUCAGGUGUACACAAACUACAAACGUCUCGGCGCCACCGAUUAAUUCUAACAGUGAAACAUAUUUGCCUUGAGAUAAAAAUAAUCUAUAUUAUAAUCGGUGAAGGCCAACGAAGGAAUCUGGGUAGUUGCCACACGUUAAAAGUCCACUUCGACAGUCUUUAAUAAUAAAAUGGAAAUAUCUUAACGCGUAUUUUAUGACCAGUUGUACAGAGUCGAGUUUAAUAGCAUUCUUCGUUGGAAGAUCGCAGAGAUGAUCUUUUCUUCAAAGCGCAACGAACGAUAUUAGGCAGUUUUGUUCAUCGACGAUAAAUAGAUUCGGUAAAUUGAGAGCGUUAUUUUAGCUAAUCUAUUCUCUCGGAUUCAGGCGAAGCUCAAUCCAUGGUUUGAAAUUGCGCUGCGCGAACGAAUGAUCGUACAAAUUUUGCCCAAAUAUUUAUACUACGCUACAAAGUUAUCGAUUCUAUCACGACGAGUUCAACGUGAGAUGUUCGUGAACGGGUGUUGUUCUGCAUAAAAUUUGCACAACUUGUACAUUAACUGUAUUAUGCGUCCACGAAAUCUAUCGACCGCGCGUGUGGGUAGCCGAUUUGAUUUCUACAACGUACAGCUGUAUCUAUUGUUCACGCGGAUACAAACACGGGUCGACGAUUCCCUCGGAAGGUGAAACAGAUCGCUGCUUCGUUUAAUGCCCCCGUACAUUCGACGGUAGAUGUUAACAUCAUAAACAAAACGUGGACCAUCUAUUUAAGCCGAGCGAUUGAAAAUUUUUACGUUCCAAUUACGGUAUCACGAAAGAGAUGUUGCGAUCAACCCAAUUAAAAUUAAUCGAACGACGCUCCAAUGUUUUUUAGCGAACGCGAUGGAACUUGAUUAUUUCGUUUCGUGAAUACCUUUUACUUUUUCCAUAUCGCACGCGACGUGAUUAGAAGACUUCCGCAUUGAGGAACGGAUAGAUACAUUAGUAUCGAAAGGAUUUGUUGCAGCGAUUGAGAGAUAAGAGAGAAGAUAAGAGCGAGAAGAAUUUAUGUAUAAGCUCGUGCAUAUUAUUGUGCGAAGAUUUUUAGACACUCAGGAUUUUAGCGUUCCUCGCAUGUUGUAAUAAUCUGUAACAAAACCGCGUACGUUUUUUAUCGCCGUCCAUGAGAGAGGAUUGUGAAAGGACAAAGGGAAACAGAAGCUCAUGCACCUGUGGUUACAUAUGCAAGACACGACAAUUAGUAGCGACCACGAAUACCGCAUAUUGAACCGAACUUCAGCCCUGGGACGAACGAAGCAAAAGUACUUCGCGUCCCAACGUUGAGGAGAGAGAUAGAAAUCGGUAUGCAGCUUCGAAGCUCGUACGGUUAGUGUCGCGAAACUUUUAGAAAAUAUAUAGAAGGCAGACAGGCCGAAAGAUUAUCUGUAAAAUAGUCAAUACGUUGAAUCAUUGUGAUACUGAAGUCAAGAUAUUAGGGGAGUAUCUAAUGAAUGCUGUGGUUGUGCGAGCCAUCGAAGUCAGUCGAGAUACGGAUCAGUGCACGUUCCUUUUACCCGGCAAACGGUGGGAAAGAAACAUUUUCGGGUAGAUUUCAAUUGGAGAACGGACACGCGCUAAAGUUCAUUGCACGGACGAACGAGCAACGAUAUUUGUUAAUUGAAUUAUCGUUAUCCAACCAAACGUAACGAAACGGAAAAUUCGGAACUUCCUGACUUCGCCCUCGUUUCCUCCCAGUAUUUACUAAGUUCGAAUGCCGCACAUCAAUGUAGCUAAUAUAACCGGUAUCGUUAAUUCUUCAACGGAGGGAAAAGGAAAUAGUUAUAUUACGACGCACAGAAAACAAUGAACUACGCAUAAUAAGAGAGUAAUAAGUUUCAAGAUGGUGUAUGAUCGUUUCCACCGUUCUUGUCCUAUAUAAAUAACGACGAAGAAUAAAAAAAAAUAUAUAUAUAUAUAUUUUGAAAAAGAAUGAAUAACGAAAAAUUUCCCCCUUGUUGAUAAUUGUACGCGGGAGAUGCCGACGAAAAUACAUAUUAUUGUAUAUGUGUAAAACAAAACAGAUAUGCAUAUGUGCUACUUACAUGUACAUCUGUGAACGCGUUUCUCUGUAUGCGUAUAUCUGUACGCGAUGUGACCGUAUAUAUAUUUUUUUUGUUGGACGUAUGCGUGUGUGUGCGUGCAACGUGAGCGUGUCAUUACUUGUGCAGGUCACUGUAUGGAGUAAACAAUUGAUAAUAAAUUAUGGACACGUGUUUACAAAAAAAAUAA